GUAGCAGCCAGGUUAUAUUCUUUAUGCAAUUGUGUUGAGGUGAAGAAGAGAGGUACUAUAUAAACCUAAGCUUGUUCGGGUAUUGAAUAUAGUUAAACAGAAGUUGACUUCAUCAAAACAUCAAAAAACAAAUUUCAAAAUGUUCAAAUUGUCCGUUUUCAUUGCUCUUUUCGCCUUGGUAUGCUCUGCCUAUGCCAAACCUGCUGUGGUUGCUGCUGCCGUGCCCACCGGUGUUGUAACUGCCACCAGCUCCCAGUACAUUGCCCGCAACUAUAAUGGUAUUGCUGCCGCUCCUGUUGUAGCUGCUGCCUACACCGCCCCCGUUGCCGCUGCUGCCUACACCGCUCCCGUUGCUGCCGCCUACACCGCUCCCGUUGCUGCCGCCUACACCGCUCCAGUUGCCACCGCUGCCUAUGCUGCUCCCUACACCGCUGCCUAUGCUGCUCCCUAUGCCGCUGCCUACGCCGCUCCCUAUGCCGCUGCCUAUACCGCUGGCUAUGCUCCCGCAGCUUACACCACAGUAUUCUAAGUUGAAUUAGAACUUCUUUGGCUGGACCCAAAUUGAAACGGACAUUAUGUGAUUACUUACCAUCCUGCUUUUAAUAUUUUCUUUUUUUGUUGUUAGAAUUGGGCAAUUUGAAAUUUGUUUUUGAAUGAAAAUUGCUGUAUUUCAACUUAGUUUAAGAAUAGAUUUUUUUUAUCAUCCACAACUUAAAUGAAUACAAAUAAAACAAAAACAAUUAGAAAAAUGUA